UACUUUUCAUUUUUUUGUUCUCAUAUGUCUUACAUACAAUGUUACUUCAGUAAUUUUUUUAAUUAUUUUAAACACCAUUUUUGAUUUGUAUGUGAAAACAAUAAUUUUUAAUGAAAUUAUAAACAAUGGGGGAUAUGAUUGACGAUAUUAUGUGUAUUAUUAACAAAUGUCACCCUAUUGAAUCGGCGAAAUUAAAAAGACAAUCCAAAAAAACAGUUUCAAGUAAUUCAUCUUUAAAGAAAAUACAGAAUGAUAUUGAACAAUUACUUGCAAAGAAAUCAUUUAUCGCGGGUGGUGUUGAAUAUAGUAAUUUAAAUAAAAUAAUGGCAUGUUGUAAUUUGAAGGCUGGGGAAGAAAUCAAAGCUGUAUAUAAUCUUGCUGAAUCUCAUUCAAUAUUUCUUCGACGACAAAUUCUACAUAGACAUUUAAAAACUAAAAUGCGUGAAAAAGUUUUAAAAACACCUCAAGUGUAUGGGCUUAAAUCUGAAUAUACAAAACUACAUGCCCAAAAUCCAGAACCCGAAGCAAUUUUAUUAUCUAAUCUUGUAAAUCUUCCAAAAGAAUGGUAUAUUGUACAAGUUACAGCACAAUACGAAGACUUUUUGUAUUUAAAUUACAACAAGGAUACUUUUCACUCUAUAAAUGCCCUACACAUUACUAUACUUCCAACUGAAAAUAGCGUUAUAAAACCACUAUGUAUAACUUUAUCAAAACCGCCAUCGAAUACAAAGUAUGAUGUAUGUAAUGAAAUUCAAGAAAUUUUGGAUAAAAAUAGAUCAAAUCUGACAGCAAAAUAUGCAAAUAAAGACUUAUACUGGAAAAUGCGUCUAAGACAAGACAAUAAAAUGAAGACAGCAGUUCAUGAAUUUGAAUUCGCAUGGUUGCGUGAAUGGAGAAUACUUUUUAUGGCAGACUUCAUCGAUAACAUGGAUGUAGCAGCAGAAAUGGAAUCAAUAGUUGAUAAAUUAAUAACUGAUUGUUUACCUUGUAAUAAUCUAUGCCCUCGUACUAAAUGGCUGUUAAAAAAAAUAAGCUUGGGUGCAUGUUUUUUAACAAGAGAAGAAAUAGCACGAGCUGUUAAGUAUAUCCUUAACAAUCAAGAAAAACUGGCAGAAAACUUGAUACUUUCAAUUUAUGGAAAAUUACCAAAUUUACAGAUAUUACGAACUGCAAAAAGAAAAACUUUGGUUUUGAUCAUAGAUGAACAUUUAGAUUUUUUGCCAUUUGAAUCUCUAGAAAUUCUUAAAAAUAAUCCUGUUACACGAUUUUCCUCCAUCUAUGUUGCAUAUACAUUAUUUAAACAACAUGAAGAUACAAUGAAGGAUGGAUGUAAAAUAGUUAAAAUGAAAGAUAAUCUUGGCACAUGUAUAGUUAACCCUAGUGGCGAUUUACUUAAAAUGGAAAAACGUUUGGAAUUAUUUAUAAACUAUUGGUUAACAAGUUGGAAAAGCUUAUACAAUAAAAAGCCAGGAGAAGAAAUGUUUGAAGAUUCAUUGGUUAAUUAUGAUAUACUUAUGUACAAUGGUCAUGGAAGUGGUAUACAAUAUUUACCUGGAGAACGUAUAGAAAAACUCAAGGUAAAGGCAAUCGUGUUACUGUUUGGAUGUAAUAGUAUUAGAUUUGCCCCUGUAGGUGGACCUUUUCCUCCUUAUGGUAUUAUCAAUCAAUAUUUGAUUGCUACCAGCCCAUGUGUUUUGGGCAUGCAAUGGGAAAUAACAGAUGGGGACAUUGAUAAGAUGACAGCAAGUUUUAUUAGCACUUGGAUUCCAUCUUCUCUCGGACGAUCAUGGUCUCACGUAGAUAUUGAUGCUUGGUGCAAAGGCAAUUUUAGAUUUCUAAAAGAUAGUCAGAAAAAAACAACUAAGAUAACAACGGAACCUGAGAUGUUGAGAGCAAUAUCAAAAUCAAAAGAAGCAUGCUCGCUAUACAUGACAGCAGCUUCAAUAGUUACACGCGGUUUACCGAUAAAGCUUGAAUAAAUGCAUUAUACACAUGGAUAAUACUGCUGUCAAUAUAUGUAUGCACUUUUAUUACAUUUACUUGUGAUGUUUCUUAUUUGAUUUUUUUUUAAUUUGCAAAACUUUU